GUUGUAGACAUCAUCAUAAUGGAUUAUGAUAAAAGUGAGCUUCCAACCACUAUUUAAGCAUUUCAAAACCCCAUUCUCCCUACAACCUCACAAAUCUCACCAUGCUUCCUUGUUUAUGCUUCACUCCCUACGCAUAUCACUCAUAAUCUUAGCUUUAUCUCAACUUUCAAACAACUUUAUCACUUAACACAAUUUUUUUUUAUAUCUAUCUCCAUGUCCAUAGCAGGACUUUCAGAGCCUGAGAAGCUCCACAAGAAAUCAUUCCAUCGGAGGAAUGAUUCCAGUGAGCUCGACGUCUUUGCUGCCACCCGUUAUUUCUCCGGUGCCAACGAAGUCUCCGGCUACAAGGACGCCACUUUUGCACAGAAGAUCAUGAUGAGAGAAGAUCACAGACAUGGUUGGAGAGGUGGAAGAAGAAUUAGCUUGGACAUGCCGAUAAUGAGAAGCUCAUUUCCUUCGCAAACUCAUAUGACGGAAAAGCAAAUGACCAAAGAAAAGAAGUACAAGCAACCAAGCUCUCCCGGAGCUAAACUCGCUAGCUUUCUCAAUUCUCUCUUCAACCAAACAUCUUCCAAGAAGAAGAAAUCAUCAUAUUCCACCACACAGUCCAUGAAGGAUGAAGAUCUCGAGAGCCCGUUUGGGAGGAGGAGGAGGAGAAGCAGCAUUAGCCAUUUUCAAAGCUCGUCCACUGCGGAUUCAAAAUCCAUGCAUUCAUCCUCAAGCUCUGGUUUCAGAACGCCUCCUCCUUACACUGAUCCUACAAAGACCUAUAGGGACUUGAGGAGUGUGUCAGAUCAUAAGCAAGUGGUGUCUUUGCCCAAAUACAACAAUAUUGGACAUGUUAAGUACACUGCUUUACAAAAUGAGGUCUGUAGUGACAAGAGAAGCAGAGACUAUGCUUGGUUGGAUCAUGACAACAAAUUCAAGUUAAGCAAUGGAUUUUCAGGGAAACAGAAGAAUUUCGGUCACGGGUUUUCCGAAAAAUACAUGAUCUCUACUGAUAAAUAUGGAUCAGAAGAGAAGGAGUUCAAGAGGUUUGAUGGAGUUGAUGAUGGUGGAGAAAGUGAUUCAAGCUCUGAUUUGUUUGAGUUGAAAAACCAUGACUUGGGUUAUUUUUCAAGUGGUCGACCUGUUUAUGAGACUGCACACAUGGAUGGGAUCAAGAGAGGUGCGCCAAUUUCCAAUGGCCCAACAUAGAAUUUUGUACAUUAUUCUUUUUCCCAUUACAAUUUGUUUGAUUUUAAUUAGAUGUUAUUGAUGUUUGGGGGUGUGUGGUGACCAAAAAAUAUGUUGCAAUUCUUGUCUAGAUAUGACCUUAAUUUUUCAUUUUUCUUCUUUGAACGUUCUUCACAACAUUUUUUUGUA